AUGACCAACUCGACAUCGCCAUACGACAUGGCUGCCAACAUGACCUCAUAUGCUCCCAACCCAUACCGCACAUCACGAACCUCCAACAGCCAAUCAGGUCACUCGUACCGUGUUGAGAAGCCCAGGAGCAACCACAACAGCCCGAGGACUGUCGAAAGGAGAAAGACCACCACGGGUGCAAAACUCUACGCCACCCUCGACGACCAUUACAACAUGAUGAUGGGCAUAACCGGAGACGAGGACGCUGUCGAACCCAUGGGUGAACCUGCCCACACUCGACCAAUGAGCUGGCACCCCUCGUCAAAUCAGUUCCAUGCACGACCCCAGUCCACAAUGUUCGAGCAACCACAACACUGGCCUCAGAACUACACAAGCUCGUCUCGGACUUCUGGCUAUGGAUCGGACUUCUAUUCGCUUUCUUCAAGAAAUUCCACGGGUGCGGAACCAACCCAACAGUAUUCGAACCAUACGACUGGCCACGAAGCACACCGAGGCUCACAAGACUCGGAUUCUAGCUGGCAGACCCAUCAGUCGUAUUUCCACUCCUCCUACUCUACGCCGGCCACGGAACCCAUGCCAUGGUAUCUCCAAGAGUGGGCUCGCAAGAACCAUGACCAGGCUGUUGCUUCGCAGAAUGGCUCGAUGGAAUUCCUUCCCAUUCAGCAUCCAACCGAAGCCGAAGAACAGCACGCAGAUGUCGACAUGGAAGACGAGGGGAAAGAGCUUAUUGGCAUGGGUCUUUACGACGUUUCCGACUCUUCUCUCGAUUGGUCAUCCUCAUUGGGUGAGGCAACAGGAAAAGGUCUAAAGCUGGAAGAGACGUGGCAACCUCCCGAAGAAGAAGACGACGAAGACGACGAGCAAGACGACGAUGCCAGCUCUGACGACGGAGAGGAAGAAUUGCCACCGCCUCCCGCGCCAAUGGCUCCGGUCGCUUCUGCCAAGGGCCAGCCCACGGGCAACAUGGAGGGACAGAGCUUCUUCUUUGAAGAAGAUGACAACAUCACCAAAGAGUGGUGGUAUCACCACCUCAAGCAGCCUUCCCUACCAGUGCGGGACGCUGGCUACGGCUACGGUUGGCUUUGA